AUGCCGCCUCCGUCAGUCGCUUCGCCGCCCCCAAUCCUAGCCAUCACGGCUACUUAUUUCCAGCUGCUGGCCCAACAUUUACCCCGACCCGUCUACGAAGCCCUCCGCAAGACUCAUCAUCACAUCGCCCGCUUCUCCACCGCCGUCCUCUCCUCCGCCAUCGUCGUCCGCGCGCACUCGCUCAUUCCCCACAAGAUGCGCCGCCCUCUGGGUUUUUCGGCGCUUCUCGUCGUGCUGUUCCUCAUCAUCGGCCUGCCCGUCAUCCUCGCCCAGAGCGAACCCUUCCACUGCUACCCCUACCCGUCCACCGACACCCUCGCGAGUCCCUUCAUCACGCUGCAGCCGCACUGCUGCAAGGGCCCCAUUGACAACAAGCUGAGAGUCGGGAACCAGUGCGAACCGGCCAACGGAGGGGUAUACAAGACCAAGUUCGGCCAGGACUUGGGGACCUGUGCGACGGGCUGGGUCGACGCAUGCUGUAUGCGGUUGCAUUACCCGCCCGAGAUUGAGCGGCCAGACAUGUCAUAUUGCGAUGCCGCCUUCCUCGUCAAGGCCGAAUCCAAGAACAUUAUCCACGCGCGAAGCUGGUCCCCCGCGAGAUACGGUAGAUGA